ACUGCCGUGCCGACCGUCUGUUCUUCAGCCCGGACAUUGGCCUCAAAAGCCGACCUACACGACUCGGGCUUCGUCAUGCGUCGCGGGAGACCUGGCCUCCGCUCUUCUCGUUGCUCUUCUUCUCCACUAUAUCUGUGUUUAUCCAUCGAUCUUAGACGGAUGACUGUGAUAACUCUCUGAUACGCUCUACAUGAAGGUGGCGACAGGCCUCCGCCAGCUCGCCAUCCUUCUGCGUCCCUCGCCAACACUGCUCCGCGCCGUCCUUGCCCCCGAAGAAGUGGCUAAAUCGCGGACUGCUGCUACACCGCUGACAGAGGUCCACUCCAGUAUACCUGUGGCUCGCGGACCCUCCCGGACGUGGGCAGGUCCUGGCGACUCCGCCAUUCACUCUAUACAUAGUCAGGGCGAUUGUAGGUCGCCCUCUGCAGUGAUUGUCGGAAGAGAAGCGCGAGCAUUGAAUUGUGACCCCUCGAAGGCGCCCAUACAGGACCGGGCGUCCAUGGAGGUGCAGAUGGCCCGAUGGGCGAGCUGCCUGCCGCGUACCAUAUCCCGCAAUCGAUAGCCUGGCGGGCCGUCUCUCCCUCUAACAUCUAGCGUUGCACUCGAUGUGAUCGACCCCAAGCUCCUCAGAUCGCGGGCUCCAGGCAGCUCUGCUAAUACCUUCGCGAUUGCAGCGCACACACUCAGCCUAUCGUAGCCCUCGCAA